ACCGAUCAGUCGCGUUGUCAAGCUGAAAGCGUCAAGAUGAAAUCGCUCGUGGUGUGUUCCCUGAUCGGAUUGGUGCUCCUGGUGGCCGGUGGCCAGGUGCGCGGCGAGUGCGACGAGGUCAAGGCUCCCGAGGACAGCGACUUCAAGCACUUCUUCAAGAACCUCGGCUGCAAGGUCAACCAGGGUGCCAAGGAUGUGGCCGAGGCCGCCAAGCCCUACACGGACAAGAUCGGCGAGGGCGCCAAGGAGUUCGGCAGCUCGGUGGCCCAGAAGUACGACGAGCUGAAGCACAAGCUCACCGACGAGGCCUCCACCACGCCCAAGAUCCCCGUGACCUAUGAUGCCCCCACCGAGAAGGUCCUGCUGGCCCCCAUCGGUGGACCCAGCUCCCCGGCCCCAUGAGGUAUCUGAUGGAGUUCCGGCUGGAGGUCCCCUCUUCGUUGCAUAAGUUUCUUUGUUUUUUUUCUUGUGAUCUAUAUAAAAAUAAAAGCUAAAUCAAGUGAUGUUGGAAUCGUGA